UAACUUCAGGAAUACGCGAUUAAUCGCGAAUCAAAAGCAAGCAGAGCAUCGCAGAAGAGCUGGAAAAUCCCAAAGAGAGAGUCGGAGCAGAUAGAGGGAAUAAAACCCUAGCGCUGCCAUUAAUGGGGUUGAAGAAAGUUGGAAGUAGAGAAGCUUCUACUGAAAGAGAGCUCCAAGGCGAUUAUCUCAACAUCCCUUCCCAUUUUCCCUUUCUCAUCCGGAUUUUGCAAAAGCAAGGUGACAAGCAAGUUCUGUUCGCAGAUAAGAUUCUGAAGUUCACUGGAUCUGGGAAGUUGAAACGCCGUAUUCUGUUAAUCACGGAUUUUGCAAUUUAUAUUGCUGAUCCUGAAGCCAAUGUGCUUAAACGGCGGAUAGCGCUUGCAGCUGUUGAGAAGUUAUGUCUGAGCAAACUGACAGAUGAUUUCUUUGCAAUCAUUGUUCCAACUGAGUAUGACUGCCUUAUGGCCAGCACUCGGAAGAUGGAGAUUGUUUCCGUUCUGGUCGAAGCUACCAAGAGUUCUUCCACUUAUAAACUUGAGGUUAUUUCCUCCAACAGGUUCGAAUACCAUGCUGCAUCUGAGUUGGUAAAGGAAGUCCAAUUCGAGGAGGUCGAAGAGGGUGUAAAAACUAGAAUUACUACCAAGUGAAACUGCAGGUUUUGCUGUUCUUUCUGAUGGUUGGGUGGGUGGCACUAUUGUAGUAGUUUGGGAAAUCCCACCUGCAUGAAAGGCGCCUAUGCCCUUAAUUGGUUCCUACAUGGGGUACCCUCUUUUGUUUGAGCCAAUCAAAAGUGUGUGGGGGUUGUUACCUUCUGUUGUGAAUUUCGUUUGUAAAAAUAAUCCCUUGACAAAGGGAAUAGUAAUUUUCACACUGUUUCCUUGUUGAUAUUCAUUGUUGGGGUUGGAAGGA